AAUUGAACCCAAAAGCCGAAAUCCCUGCGGAAACAUACCGAAGGAAACAAAACUCGAUAUAUAUAUAUAUGUGUGUAAAUCUCCAUCUCCAUCUCCAUGUCCAUCGCCAGCCUCCCAACAUCAUUUAUUUUUAAAUUUUCUCCUUUAAACUGAGGUUUUGGGAUUGGACGAAUCUACUGCUUCUCGUACAUCAGAUACAAACAUUAUCUGAACUGCCUGAUUACUCCUCUCAAGAUGGAAGUGCAAAAUUGUGAAUCUGCACAUACAAUUGAAGUCCAUGGAGAUCUACCUGCUAUGCAAACACAUCUGGGUGGGAGUAAGAUCUGUGGGGGAACAUCAUGUGGAUUUUCUGAUGCUAGAACCAGUUCUAAAGAGGCAAAGGAACGAUCCGCAUCCAUGCGGAAGCUUUUGAUGGCAGUUAUACUCUGUAUUGUUUUCAUGAGCGUGGAAGUUGCUGGAGGAAUCAAAGCCAAUAGUCUUGCCAUCUUGACGGAUGCAGCUCAUUUGUUAUCAGAUGUUGCAGCAUUUGCAAUCUCCUUGUUUUCACUCUGGGCAUCAGGAUGGGAGGCAACCCCACGUCAGUCUUAUGGUUUUUUUAGGAUUGAGAUACUUGGUGCAUUGAUUUCCAUCCAGAUGAUAUGGCUUCUUGCUGGGAUCCUUGUGUAUGAAGCCAUUGCUCGACUGAUCUAUGAUACUGGUGAAGUUCAGGGCUUUCUUAUGUUUGUUGUUUCUGCAUUUGGUUUAUUGGUUAAUAUUGCCAUGGCACUCUUGUUGGGUCAUCAGCAUGGUCACUAUCAUGGACAUGGUGAGGAUGAGCAUGGACAUAGCCAUGAAGAUCAUGUUAAUGGACAUAGCCAUGAAGAUCAUGUUCAUGGACAUAGCCAUGGAUUAAGCAUAGCUACACAUCACCAUCAUCAUUUGGGGAACUCCCAGCACAAUGUUCAGAAUCAUCAUACGCGUGAAUCAGAUCAAUCUGAGCCUCUACUUAGGACUUUCUCAGGAGGUGGAGCUAAAAUUAAAGAUGGGACUAAAAGGAAUAAACAACGGAACAUCAAUGUACAGGGGGCUUAUCUUCAUGUAUUGGGGGAUUCCAUACAAAGCGUUGGGGUGAUGAUUGGUGGAGCAAUAAUUUGGUACAAACCAGAAUGGAAGAUUAUUGAUCUGAUAUGUACCCUUGUAUUCUCUGUAAUUGUAUUAGGCACAACAAUCAGGAUGUUGCGGAAUAUUUUAGAGGUUCUGAUGGAGAGUACACCAAGAGAGAUUGAUGCCACUAGGCUUGAGAAGGGUCUUUGUGAGAUGGAUGAGGUGGUUGCCAUUCAUGAGCUUCACAUUUGGGCAAUAACUGUCGGGAAAGUUUUAUUGGCUUGUCAUGUCAAGAUCACGCCUGAAGCAGAUGCUGACAUGGUACUAGACAAGGUUAUAGACUACAUUAGGAGAGAAUACAAUAUCAGUCAUGUGACUAUUCAGAUUGAGCGCCAGUAGGUAGAACUGACGCAAAUUGCAUUUGGAUGGGCUCAAUAUUAGUUGUAGCAUUUAUAAUAAUGUACUUUUUGAUGUUUUUUUUUUUUAUCAUCGCAGUCGUGUUAAUGCCAAUAGGUGGAACGGAUGUAAAUUGCAUUUUGAUGGGCUUAAUCUCAGUUGCGGAAUUGUCACAA